AAUAUAAAGAUUAAAAUUGGGAUAAUAAUAAUCUUGUAUAUUUCUAUAGAAAAUAUUUCUAAUAAUAUUUAGAAAAUAUUAUAGAUAUUUUCUAUACACAAAAUGAUAUUAAUGGAACCAAACUAAUAUAUUUCUCUCUCUUAAAUGCAACUAACGAGGAAUAAAACAUAAAAACUCUCCAUGGAUGUAUGCUAAGGAAGAAGGAGAAGCAAGCAAGGAACAAUCCAAGUAUCCAAAAUCUUGAGUUCAAAACGUAGCAGCAACUUCAAGGUAAAAACUGAAAUUUUCCACUCAUUAUCUCAAAAUACUUUCUGAACUAAAGUUGUAUCCCCGGACGAUACGAAUCCAACCCAACAAACGGUUCGCAAUUUCGUUAAGUAACGAAGGAGAUAUACCCAAAAUACCGGGACUGCGCUAGUGGUGGCGAGCUCCUCAGGUUGGCUAUGUUUUCUCACCAUAUCCAUGUUAUUUCAUUCCAAACACUUACCAUAAACUCUCUAACAAUUGUUAGAAACGUCCGGAAGGUAUUGUAGAGAAGGUUUGGUGUUGGAAUAUUGAAGUUAAUGAGUUAAUUGUCGGAACCGUUGUUCACCGGAGUAUUCAAAAAUUCUGGACAGCAACUUUCCCUUGACUUCAGGUCCAAUUUACGUUAUCUUACAUCUGUUAACUCGAAAUACUUUUUAUACGAAAGUUAUAGCCUUACAUCUUAUGAAUGCACAGAAUCUAACGGUUUGCAAUUCCGUGAAGAAACGAUGGAUAUAUGCCCAAAAUACGGCAGGCUAUCAAAUUGUGAUGAGAAUGACAAAGUUGGUGAAUUUCGAUGUUGUUUCCACUCCCGGUCAUCCGUAAGGUUUCGGCCGAUGAUUUCUAGGUCUGUACCCUUGCGUUAGACUUGUCGAAUCAUUCAUCACAUACAUACAUGAACAUAUAUAUUAAUCCAUAUGUUGAAAUCAUUCCAAAAUAUAUAUGUGAAGCAUAUAUAUGUCAUCUAUGUGUUAAGACCAAAAUACACCAAAUUCAUAAAGUUAAUAUAUAUACCUAAGUAUAUAUAAACAUUUGAAAUCAACCCAACAACAUGUAUAUGUUAAUCAAAGGUGUUUAAAAGACUUAAAGAAGUAUUUUGAACAAUCAAAAUAUCAAGAGAAAGAUUCGCAGACCCAAACGGUCGAUGCAAACGGUCGACCGUCGUAUUAAACUUCGAAACGGACCACGACUGCCAGCAGAACGGUCGACCGCCGCCAGCCAGCCGAAGUCCGCCAUCCGCAGUCAGUCAACAACGGUCAACCGCCGGUCAACCACGGUCGACCGUCACGGUGAUCCGCCGUUCCAACGAAGUGAAGAUCAAGGUCGACCGCCGUGCCAAACGGUCGACCGUUCCGAGCCCACGUGGUACCAAUCAGCGGUUUCGCUGAGCGUGUAGUUUGUAUUUUUCGUUGACUACACGUAGGUAACAAGAAGAUAAUGAUGGAACCACUCCCGGAAGGCAAUGAGUCAGAGGAGAUGCAAGGAUGACAGGCAAAUGUUUGAUCAUCAAGAUUUUAAAUGUGUCAUGAUUUGAUUAUUAUUGUACUUCCGCAUUACUCCGAAAAUAUUUUUAAACGGGUCGCGAUCCAGAGUCUGUAAAUU